CGCCAGCUGCAGAAAACAAGUUUUUUUGAGUGCCAAAUAUCGUCCACGUUCAGUGUGAAAAUACUGAAAAAUGUCCGAUUCCGAAAUGAAAAGCGAUAACGACGAUAGGGAUGAUUCGAUGGACGCUUCCGGUCCGGGCGACGCAGAAGAACGUGAAUCGGAUUCCGACAGUUCGUCCUCCAGCGAUAGUGACGAUACGGAUGACGACGAAGCUGCCCAAAUCAAGGAAUAUCUGGAGCUGCUGGGAAAAAUUCAGGAGGAUAAAUAUAACUAUGACAACUAUGUGAAACUUUUGGAUAGUGCUCAUCGUAUGACGGAUCUGGACAAAAUUCGGCAAAGUGCAGAAAUUUUCGCAGCCGUCUAUCCGCUAUCGCCGGAGAUUUGGUUGCGCUGGUUAGACAGCGAACAGCGGAUAGCGUCUUAUGCGGAGCAGUGGCUGGAGGUGGUCAAAUUGUACCGACGGGCUUUGGACGAUUACUUCUCCGUCGAGGUGGCAGAGCAGUUCGCACGGCUAGCCCAGAAAGUGCACGUCGAACUAUCGGAAUCAAUUUGGGAUACGUUAAUUCCAACGUACGGGUUGCAUACGACCAAGGGUCGUACCAUCUGGAAACUUUAUCGCGAUGAUUAUCUUGGAAAAAAUGAAGAAUCGCCGGAGCGUUUUAACAGGUUGGCACGGAUUUAUGAGCAGGAAUUGAAAAUUCCCCUCAAAAAUAUGGAGGAUUCCUAUAUUGAGUACAAGUUGCUCUGUGAGAAACAUAAAGAUGCGCUGGAGGAUUUGAAUCCGGAAAAGUUUGAGCGACGGUACAGACAGGCCAAAGAUUUACUUCAAAGAAUGCUUCCGUUCGAGGACAAGCUGCUAGCGCUGGAGCCUAACUUUCAUCAGGAACGGGCGGAGCUCUACCGGCAGUACAUUCGAGAGUGUCGUUCGCAGCUGGGAGAUGACGAGCUGCAGGUACUGUACGAACGAUCGGUCGCGGAUUGCUGUUUGGAUCCGACUGUGUGGUGUGAUUAUUUGAAAUAUUUGGAUAAAUAUCCUCCGGAUUUGGAGGAAAGCUCGGCCUCUCCUGUGUUUAGUCAGAGUGCGUUUGAUUUGGUCAAUCGGGCUCUAAGAAAUUGUCCGUGGAGUGCGGAGCUGUACGUGGAGAAGAUGCGUAUCGUUGAAAGGGAAAAGCGUCCCAAAGAGGAUAUUCUCAAGAUAAUGGAGGAGGUAGCUACGGUGGAGUUUCAGGCUCCCGAGCCGGCCGUGAAAGUGUGGUUGGAGUACUUAACCUACUUGCGUAGGCAUGCGAAUUAUGAGGAGGAAAAGGAGAGAGAUAUUUUGCGGUCUAAUUUUGAGUUGGCUUGGAAUCAGUUAGGAAGGACGUGGGGAGAGCUGGCCGAUCCGGAGUGCAAAAUUUUGCAGUUUUGGGGACGUUUGGAAUAUGGACAGUUGGCGAAUCCCCUGAAAGGUCGUGAUCUUUGGCAUAACGUGAUGGAAAGCUCGGAUAAUUCUACAAGGGCAGGACUGUGGAUCGAAUAUGCUGAAUUGGAGGCCAAACGAGGUUUGGAACCGGUUAGGAAACUAUAUCGGAAAGCCAUCGGCUCGGUGGGUCUCAAUGAUCCGGAAACACUGGCAGCAGCCUGGAUGAGAUUUGAACGUUGCUAUGGGUCGCUGGAGCAAUUGGCUGCUUGUCAGGAAAUUUGUACUGCCACGGUGCAGGCGUAUUAUAAAUCUCUGAAUUUGCAGAGAACCCCAAAGGGACGCCGCUCAGAUCCUAAAAAAGAACAAGAUCCAAGAGAAGGAUCAUCAAAAAUGAAGCCCAGCCGGAAGCGCUCGUUAGAUGAUCAGAAAUCAGAAGCCGAAAGUAAAGAAACUGACUUCAAAAGGCCCAACAUUCCGGUAGGUCCUAUGCCGGUGAAAAAAUCUGAGCCCAGUUUGGAGGAAAAUACGAAAAGAAUUCGUUUGGAUGAACCCCAAGCCAAGGAAAUCGAUACGUCCAACGACAGCCGCCGGUUGUUUUUCAGCAAUCUCAGUUUUGAUGCCACCGAAGACCAGAUCCGUGCCAAUUUUCCCGAAUUGCAGUUUAAAUCUAUUGAGUUGGUUCAAGGUUCCAGCGGUAAAAGUCGAGGUUUCGGUUACGUUGAGUUCGAAAGCGAACAGGACGUGCAGCGUGCGCUUAGUUUCGACCGCCGUCCACUGGAUGGUCGCCCUGUGUUCAUAUCGUCCCUGGCCCGGGACAAAACAAACCGGCAGCAUAAGUUCAAAUACUCGGAACGUUUCGAGCCGAACAAGCUCUUUAUUAAAGGAUUACCGUUCGAGGCCGGCAACGAGGAUGUACGCAAACUGUUUCAACCGUUCGGUAAACUGCGCGAUGUUCGUGUGGUGUAUUAUCGCAGCGGUAAGUCGAAGGGGCUGGCCUAUGUGGAGUACGAAAGUGAAGCUGCCGCGAAGAAGGCCGUUCUCAAAAUGGAUCAGUACGAGAUGAAUGGAUUCACGCUCUCGGUAGCGCUUUCCGCUCCACCUCCGAGGGGAAAUCCGACCGGUGCCAGUAGCUCGCAAGAAGGAACGGCAGUACCGGAAGCCGGGAGCAGUUUGGGCGGAGGAAAACGACAUGUCGUCAAGGGUGAUGUCAAGCAGAAGCUAUCCAGCAUGAUUCCGACAGCAGUUCUGAAGAAGACUGCAACUCAGACUGCUCCGCAAGCCACAAACAGCUCCAAUGGAAGCAAACCAAAAUCGAACGAGGAUUUCCGAAAGCUUUUACUGAAAUAGUUCCUUCAAUACGACAACUCGUAUCAUUUUUUUUAUUUUUUCUACGUUCCUGUCUUAAACGCUACUUAAUUUGUUCCCCCAGCAGGGAGUUUUUUUUCUUUUCAGUUCUUCAAAGAUUAUAAGUACUCACUAACUGUUUUCCAUGUUUCAUGUCACUAUAUUUCUUCUAUUAAGAACGAUAAUUACUUGAAAAGUAACGAAAAUAAAGA